UCUCUCUCUCUCUCUCUCUGUAUUUGUGUAUCUCUAUAGUGGUUUUACAAAUUCAUGAAAUUCUUUAAUUCGUUGUUGAUGUUUUCAUAUAAUCUUUCUGAUAAUCUGAUCGCUUGAUGGCUUUUCUGGUUUAGAUUGCAAUUCAAUUCGAAUAUUAGCAGGAAAUUCAGUCUCAGCUCAAAAUUUUGAAUCCUGCUAUAAAUUUUUUUAUGAAAUUUGAGGCUUGAAUUUUCUUUAUGGAUCGGUCAGAGCUAGAGAGAAGCCAACAAGUGAUAGGCACUGAUUGGGAGCAAGCAUUUCAUCGUUUUGAGAAUGUGAUUGCCUGUGGAAAUGAGAUUUUGCAAGUAAGAGCUGCAAUCAAGCUUGCUCAUCUUGCCAACCAUGCACCUGAGAGUAUAUUAGCAGGCUCCAUACCAAUACUUGUGAAACUUCUUGGAAGUCCUUUUAGUGGCUCCUCGAGUCUGUCGAUCCAGGAAGCUGUCGCAUUCUGCUUAAAAUGCAUUACUUGUCAAGGAGAGGGUAAAUUGGCUGUAGUCGUAGGCCAAUCUGGUGCCAUUCCUUCUCUCUUGAAGUUGUUACCACAUUCUGAGGGUCGUUUACAGAAAGUUCUGUUAAAAUGCCUUCGCAAUAUGGUUACAUUUGCAGAUGCUAAUUGCAUAAUUGUGGUUGAAAAUGGUGGGCUAGAAGUUGUACUGAAUAUGUUUAGUGCCUCCUCAGAUGGUUUGAGGCGGUUCUUGUUAGAAAUUUUUAGCGCAUUGGCUCUGUUGAGAGAAGUUAGGAGGGUCAUCAUCAGUUUGGGAGGUCUACCUUUUCUUGUUGAGUCUGCUAGGUUUGGCAGCAUGAUCUCUAGAACAAGAGCUGCUCAAGCGAUUGGAUUACUCGGGUUGGUUAGAAGAGCAAGGCGUAUGCUUAUCGAUUCAGGUUCUAUACCUGUGCUUAUCGAAUUGCUUCGGGUUGGAGAUUUAUCAACAAAACUAGUAGCAGGUAAUGCGCUUGGUGUAAUCUCAUCUCACGUCGAUUAUAUUCGGCCAGUUGCUCAAGCCGGGGCAAUUCCUUUAUAUGUCGAGCUUAUUCAGGGACCUGAACCAAUGGGUAAGGAGAUAGCGCAGGACGUGUUUUGCAUUUUAGCUGUUGCCGAAGCAAAUGCUGUUACAAUCGCUGAACACUUGGUGAGAGUCCUUAAAGGGGGCGAUGACGGAGCCAAAGCCGCGGCUGCUGAUGUUCUUUGGGAUCUCUUGGGUUACAAGCAUGCAUCAUUUGUUGUUCGGAACUCUGGUGCGAUUCCUGUUCUGGUCGAGCUUUUGAGACAUGGCAGUGUUGAUAUUAGAGAGAAGGUUUCUGGGGCUGUUUCGCAGUUGAGUUACCAUGGGGCUGAUCGAGUUGCCCUUGCUGAUGCAGGGGCAAUUCCACUUCUCCUUGACACGUUGGACGACGAGUCAGAGGAGGUGAGAGAUAAUGCUGCCGAAGCACUUGCCAGUUUUUCAGAAGACCCGUUACUGCAUGAUAGAGUAUCAGAUGGAUUCAGUAUGUCCGGUUUUCAGAAUAUGCGAGGUGUAAUGAUUCAGGCUCAUGAUUCUAAUGUGCAUUUGGUUAGGUCUUUGAGACAGAUGAGCAUUGAUCAACUCACUUGGGACCCAGGUCUCAUCUAAUUACUCUUCCUCCCAACACCCUUUCUCCUUGUAAAUUCUUUCAACUUCUAAAACGAGUGAAACUUGUCUGUUUUGUAAUAAUAUGGCAUCAAUGUAAGAAAAAUGUUGACAAAGGGUAGGUUCAGUGAUUGGCUGGCUGGUGAUGGAUCUAAUAACUAUCCAAAAUAUGAUUUCAAAUAAGAGACUAUUGCUUGUAGCUUGUCA